GCCCUUGUGUCUGGUGCUCGCUAGAGCUGCUGCUGCCGCCGCCGCCGCCGCCGCCGCCGCCUCCGUCGCCGCCGCCGCCGCCACCGCCGCCGCCGCUGCCACUGCUGCUGCUGCAGCCGGAGCAUCCGGGAGCCGCCGCCGCUACCAAGCGCUGCUACCACUGCUGCCACCUCUUCUCCCAGGACUCUGACACCCGAGCGCGAGCGGCUGUGCUGCCAGCUUGCUGCCCCUGUCCCCCACCCCUCCCUUCCGUGACCUACCCACUCCUUGCAGCCCUCGCCUGCACCUUCCCCGACACCCCGGCAUCUCCGCAUCACCUGCCUGAGCAACCUCGGGGCGGGCUCUGGGACUUGCCUCGAGCUCCGAAAGGAAGGCAAGCUCCAAACCGGUGCCGGGCAGAUCGCUUGUCGGGGCUGCACCACUAGCAGCAGAAGGAGAAGAAACUAUUUAGCCCACCGAAACCCCAUUCUGCGGGUGCUCUGCCACUGCCGCUUUUGCUGCCGGCAACCAGCUUCCGCGCGGGUUCGAACACAGCGGCGGCGGUACCGUGGGUCCGGCGGGAGCCAGGGGGACGACACCAGCGGAGCCCUUGCACUGUGUGGUUCGCUUAACCAGCAUCUCCUUGCCCCCUCGAUCCUUCCCCAGACCCUUAAAAGAAGGGACCAUGAUUUGGAAACGCAGCGCGGUUCUCCGCUUCUACAGUGUCUGCGGGCUCCUGUUACAAGCGGCUGCUUCAAAAAGUAAAGUCAAAGGCAGCCAAGGGCAGUUUCCACUAACUCAGAAUGUCACGGUUGUUGAAGGUGGAACUGCAAUUUUGACCUGCAGAGUUGAUCAAAAUGAUAACACCUCCCUCCAGUGGUCAAAUCCAGCUCAACAGACUCUGUACUUCGAUGACAAGAAAGCUUUGAGGGACAAUCGGAUCGAACUGGUUCGGGCUUCCUGGCAUGAGCUGAGCAUCAGUGUCAGUGAUGUGUCUCUCUCGGAUGAAGGACAGUACACCUGCUCCUUAUUUACAAUGCCUGUCAAAACUUCCAAGGCCUAUCUCACUGUCCUGGGUGUUCCGGAGAAGCCUCAGAUUAGUGGAUUUUCAUCACCAGUCAUGGAGGGAGACCUGAUGCAGCUGACUUGUAAGACGUCGGGCAGUAAGCCUGCAGCUGAUAUAAGAUGGUUCAAAAAUGACAAAGAAAUCAAAGAUGUGAAAUACUUGAAAGAGGAGGAUGCUAACCGAAAGACCUUCACCGUUAGCAGCACGCUGGAUUUCCGAGUGGACCGUAGCGAUGAUGGAGUGGCGGUCAUCUGCAGAGUAGACCAUGAGUCCCUCAAUGCCACCCCUCAGGUAGCCAUGCAGGUGCUAGAAAUACACUAUACACCAUCAGUUAAGAUUAUACCAUCAACUCCUUUUCCACAAGAAGGACAGGCUUUAACUUUGACCUGUGAAUCUAAAGGAAAACCACUGCCAGAACCUGUUUUGUGGACGAAGGAUGGUGCAGAAUUACCAGACCCUGAUCGAAUGGUUGUGAGUGGUAGGGAACUCAACAUUCUCUUCCUGAACAAAACGGACAAUGGCACUUAUCGAUGCGAAGCCACUAACACCAUUGGCCAAAGCAGUGCAGAGUAUGUCCUCAUUGUUCACGAUCCCAAUUCUCUGGCUGGCCAGAAUGGCCCUGACCACGCUCUCAUCGGAGGAAUCGUGGCUGUUGUUGUAUUUGUUACACUGUGCUCCAUAUUCCUGCUUGGCCGAUAUCUGGCAAGACAUAAAGGAACAUAUCUAACAAAUGAAGCUAAAGGAGCUGAAGAUGCACCAGAUGCCGACACAGCCAUCAUCAAUGCUGAAGGCAGCCAAGUCAAUGCGGAAGAGAAAAAAGAGUAUUUCAUUUAAAAUUCAGGCUCCAAGUCCUGAGUUUUACCUACCAGGCUGACUGCUGGAGAAAACUGGCAAUCAUCUUUCAGAAAUCAUUCCAACCAUCUUCUUCUACUACUUUUAUUAACACCCAUACUGUACUGCUCUCAGUAGCCAGUGUAUACCAACAAUCAGCAGUUGAAAGCAUCAUUCUUUAAUUACUGUACCAUCCAUAAUGCAGGACAUUUCUUAUUGCCUAAAUUUUACACCAUUGCUCUUUUAACAUACAGUGCUUGAAUAUACAGCCUUAACAAUGUUAAUCAUCUCACUGGAUCAUGGUAUUGAGUUGUUUUUAUACAUUGAAGAAAUGUAUGCAAAACCCCACCCCUACAUUUGUUUUCCUUGAAGUCAUAGACUCUAUUGGUUUGCCAUUGGACAGUUAUCACAAGUCACAGGAUUAGGUGAUGACCUAAUGUGUUUAAGCUUAAUCGAAGAUUAGUGGUUUACAAACAAUGUUUUCUACCUGUCUAUCUUCAAAGAUAACAUGUUGUGGAAAUAUAUGCCCUAGAAAACACAAACUGAAAAAACACUGUAGUGUAGUUUCUGGAAUGUUUGAGAUUAUACUGGUAAUACUGUAUCAAGUGGCUAUUUUAAAAUUAGUGUUUGAUACAGGCACCAUGUGUAUGGAUUAUACUCAUGACAUGACACCUUAUAUUAUUAUAUAGAUCCUACCAUUAGGUUAUUGUAGCUUCAUUUACCAAUAAAUUAUUACAAACAUUUAACUGCUUUGGGAAUCAUAAAGAUUUCAUUCAUUUCUCUAUUUGAUUCUAUAAUUUAUUUGUUCCAUAAGUAUUCACCUGCCUAAACAAAACUGAAGUAGGGCACAAUUUUGAGACAUUUUAGUAUCUGUAUAUAGUGCAUAUAAUAAAUCCAAUUAAACAUUAUUUGAUACAUAUUUAACUUUUUUGGCUGUAGGUCAUUCAGUCAUAAGUACGCAUUUUCUAACGUCCAUUAUAUCCCUUUAGAUAUGACAUAAACUGAUAUUAUAAGUAGAUAACAUGGAUUAGUAUUUUGUCUGUAUGUCCCAGCACUGUCAAGAACAAAAUUUUUCUAGUUCUUGUUAAUUUUUAUUUGUUAUACAAUGGAAGCACAAUGUUACAAGGAAAGGUAAUUUUAAGCUAACAACCAGUGCACAGCCUCAGGUUUUAAAUCACAACCACAGUUGAAUAAUAACCUAAAAACAAACUCUUAGUUUGAUUUAUUUUAAAAAACAACUUUACAUAUUUUAAUUUGGCAGUUUCAGGGCUGCUUAACUAUGUUGAUUUGCCAAAAAGGAAGUGUUUAUGAUAUUUUCUGCAUAAAUGAGCUAAUUCUUUAUAUUAAAUUCCUGUCUAUGCAUUCUGUGAGGUACAAACUUAUGAAACAGAUAGUGAUAGAGAACCCGUGCCGUGCUCUUAACUCCAAGGUGAAGGUCUCUUUCUCUGGAUUAUUUUAAAUUUUGGUAUAUUGAAAUAUUAUAAAAUUCUGUAAUCUUAAAUAUGUCAAAAAGCCAAUACAAAGUCUUCUAUCUAUGAGUGAAAUAAAGUAUUGGUAGAGUGGUUUUCAUUACACUUAUUGGAAGCUAAAGAAUAAAGAUACAGUUAGAUGAAAAAAAUAUUUUCCCAUGUUCAAGCAUUGCACCUUUAAGAAGAAAACAAAGCUGACAAUAUGGUAGCUGUACUUGUGAUGUCUAACAGCAUGGUGGAGUUUUAAAAUACCUUGGAACUUAUUUGUGGGGAAGAAGAAUGAUUAAAUACAACAUCCUAUGUUAAUAACACAUGAGGACAAGGGUGCUGUAUAUUAGAUUAUUUAUCAGAAAAGUAUCGAACAUUUAAGAACAAUAUUAGAAUUUUUAAUUUUUUUUAAAAUUGUGUAGCAUUUAUUUUGUUGAUUUCUUACAAAAGAAAAAGGACGAUGUCAGUCAAGCAGCACUUUUUUCAAAAUAUACAGAACAUAAAUAAUAUGAUGUGGUUGAGUGUUAACAUAAUAAAUCAUAUACAGUAUGACAUUUUAAG